AGGCCGCCGGGCCCCGCGCGCCAUGAACGCCAAGCGCAGCGAGAGCGACUGGCAGGGGCUGGUGAGCGAGUACCUGAUAUCUAAAAGGAAGCUAGAAAGUAAGAAGGAAGCGUUGCUGAUCCUUUCCAAGGAACUAGACACGUGCCAACAGGAAAGGGACCAGUACAAGCUGAUGGCAAAUCAACUCCGGGAAAAACACCAAUCCCUGAAAAAGAAGUAUCGGGAACUGAUUGAUGGGGAUCCAUCUCUUCCUCCUGAGAAAAGGAAACAGGCCAAUCUUGCUCAGCUUCUGAGUGAUUCUCGGGAUCGAAAUAAGCGUCUAGGAGAAGAAAUCAAAGAACUUCAGCAGAGGCUAGGAGAAGUACAAGGAGACAAUAAGCUCCUCAGAAUGACGAUAGCCAAACAGCGGCUUGGAGAUGAGGAAGUCGGGGCACGUCACUUUGCACCCCAUGAGCGGGAAGACCUCGUCCAGCAGUUGGAGAAAGCACGAGAACAAAUUGAGACUUUGCAACAUGAUCUUCAAGCAACCUUGGAUGAUCUUCAGGAUAUAAAAGAAGAGCGUUCUUUUUACCAAGACAAAUCUGACAGAUUAAACCAAGAGCUGAACCAUGUUCUCGGGGGACACAUCAACCGCAUUAUUGAUGUCGAUGCUCUCUGUAUGGAGAACAGAUACCUUCACGAGCGAUUAAAGCAAAUUCAAGAAGAGGUCAACCUUCUAAAAUCAAACAUUGUGAAGUAUAAGAACGCUUUAGAGAGAAGGAAAAAUUCCAAGACUAAUAGUAAGUCAAAUAGCAGUGCACUAACGGGAGUCCUUUCUGCAAAGCAAGUCCAAGAGUUGUUAUCAGAAGAUCAUGGUUGCAGCCUACCAGCCACACCCCAAUCCAUUUCUGAUCUUAAAUCUUUAGCUACUGCUUUACUGGAGACAAUCCAUGAGAAAAACAUGGUCAUUCAGCAUCAGAGGCAAACAAACAAAAUUCUAGGUAAUCGUGUAGCAGAAUUGGAAAAAAAGUUGAGAACCUUAGAAGUCUCUGGUUUGUGGAGUCUUCCAGGCCUGAGCUACAAUGUCUCAGUGGGAUUUGGGAGUGGCAAGGAUACUAUCACAUUCAGUGACCCUGCUCUUCCAGUUAUCCAAAGGUCUCAGUCGCCCUUGCUAACUUUCACUGAUAAGCCACAAGAGAAGAAAGAAGGUGGACCGGCAAGGGAACUGGAAGAACCCUGUGCUGUCAAAACAGAUGUGAUGUUUCCAAAGAAAAUAGCCCCAUCUUCUGAUGAAUCGUGCACCCACCAAAACAACUGUAACAAACCCAGUCAUUUUCAUCGGUCAUUACCCCGGUUUCCUUCUGACGAAGACAACGCAAAUAGGGUUGGGAAUGAGAUCAUUAAGCUGACAGAAGUAGAGGCAGCUGCAGAGCUGGAAGAGACCAGAGCACAAUGCCGGACCGAGAGCCAGAUGGCAGGUCAGCCAGAGUUCAGCAGCUUCUCUGAAGGAGAGUCUCCCUCCUCCAGCCCUCAGCCCUCUGACUCCACGGAGUCAGGCAAUGCAGAUGAAAAUCAGUCUCUGGAAGAAGAAGAAGAAGAAGAAGGCAACGAGAGCUCAGACAGUGACACCGAGAACUCGAGCGUCAUAAAGGAUGAAAACGGUGGCAGGUACGACACAGGAGACGAGAGAAAGUUUGAAGAACUCUCGCUUCCGAAUCCAGACUUGAGUUACAUCUCAGAUGAUUCCUCUGAAACUGUGAGAGAAAGUCCACUUGGUCAGGACUCGUUAUGA